AUGGAUCUAAGCCAGCAGUCCAUACAUGAUGUCAUCCAUCCCACAGCAGCGUUCUCUACAUUCGACGGGGUUAAUCAUGUUGUUGGGGCGACCCCAACUUUAGACACACAAUCAUCAUGGGACGACUCACUUCUGAACCCCAAAAACCGCUUCGACAGCCUCUGCCCGCCGAAGAAUCCCCUGUGGCGUAUCGAUGGAUGUACAGCCUUUGGAACACAGAUAUAUGCUGUGCCACUAUUCGUGGACAAAAUUUCCCCCUUUCGGGUAGAUGUCUUUAUUCCGGAGCCUGCAACACUGCCAGCGGACGUUCGUGAUGCACUUGACCUCGACGUGACGUUUUACACCCGAGAUCGUGCCCGCAUCUCCAGAUUAGGCAUCACAAGCCAUGUCCUACGCUGUCUGCAGUACUGGAGCUCGACUCAGAAGGAUCCGAUGGGGAUUUACGACAACUUGCCGUUCGGCUCACGAAUUGUGUUUCAGAACUUGCCAAAAGCAGUGUCAAAGGCUCUCAUUUCCGUUGUUCCCACGCAUUACCUUGAAAGACAGCUUCUCUCCGUAUCAUCUUUGACGAAGAACUGGGGCGAGGAUAUCGACAUACCGCCUACUGUUGAUAUUAAUGAUGUUGUGUAUCUGUCUCAGUUACACGACAGUGUAUGCCUUGUGGACAUAGGCGGCAAAACAUGGAUAUUCAAAGCCUUGACGAGUUACACCAAGUAUCUCUACCACGAGCUCAGACAGCUGCUCAAAAUGCCGUCACACCCAAACGUUAUUUCCCGACCAGUUCAUCUUGUCACCAAAAAAUGUAGUUUCGGAAACAAGACCGCGGUCAUAGGCUUCACUUUGGAGUAUCACGUUUACGGAAGCUUGCGGGACCUGAUUCCAUUCAUGCAGCUCCACGGCCAAGUGUCACUCGCCGAUAAGACCAAGUGGUCUCUGCAACUAGCCUCUGCCUUGUUGCACCUCCACCAUGUUGCUCAUUUCUUUUACCCGGAUCUCAGGUUGGACAAUAUUGUCCUGUCUGAAUCUUCUGAUGCUAUCAUGGUGGAUUUUGAGCAGCGUGGCGUUUGGUGCGAGUUUGCGGCCCCGGAAGUCAACGCAAUUGAAUACAUUCGACUCCUUGCAAUUGAUGAGGAAAUUGAUCCGGAUAUCCGUGACAAGUACGCAGAUAUUCUGUCGGAGAUGCUCCCUGGAUGGGAGAGGAUGGGUCAAGGAGAGGAAUACAUUUGGCCGUCAAAGGGUUAUAAUGUUCCAUGGGCGUGCCUUACACGCACCGAGGAGGAAGCAUGCGAGGUUUACAUGCUUGGUAGGGUUCUUUGGUGCAUCUUCGAGGCCAGUAGUGCUCCUCAACGAGCAGCUGUCUGGCUAUCAUACCCAUGGGAACCACUUGUAGAGUUCCCAGGUUACACGACGACCCCAAAGCCCAUCAGAGAGCUCAUUGACGCUUGUACUCGUGGGAGACAGGUUGGUCUAAGCAAGCAUAUUGUCAGAAAACAGAAAAAGCUUGUGAUGCGUGAGUUGGAGAACACAGACGAGUCCACCGCUGAGCAGGUACAGCAGAUUGCGAGCGACUGGUGGACUAAGGAGAUUGAAUUUUCAGAGAAGUGGCUGAAGCAGAGGGCGGAUGGCAUGAAGAGUGGUAACUGGAAUGAGAAUUAUUACAAUCGCCCCAGUUUACAGCAAGUUCAUGAUGCCCUCAAUGCUUUUAAGCAGCAAAAUGGAUAUUCGUUCUAG